GCGGGCCUCCGGUCACGUGACGACCGCGCAGGUGAGCACCGCUUCCGGGUCGGGCUUCGGAGUCGCGACCAGCUCCCGCUCCCACUCGCUCGGGUGCGCGGGAGACCAUGGCGUCCUCCUCCGUCCCUCCCGCUACCGCACCCGCGGCAGCUGGAGGCCCCGGCCCGGGAUUCGGCUUCGCCUCCAAAACCAAGAAGAAGCAUUUCGUGCAGCAGAAAGUGAAGGUGUUCCGGGCCGCAGACCCGCUGGUGGGCGUGUUCCUGUGGGGCGUCGCCCACUCGAUCAAUGAGCUCAGCCAGGUACCUCCCCCAGUGAUGCUGCUGCCAGACGACUUUAAAGCCAGCUCCAAGAUCAAGGUCAACAACCACCUUUUCCAUAGAGAGAACCUUCCUAGUCAUUUCAAGUUCAAGGAAUAUUGUCCCCAGGUCUUCAGGAACCUGCGAGAUCGCUUUGCCAUCGAUGAUCAUGAUUACUUGGUGUCCCUUACUCGAAGCCCCCCAAGUGAAACCGAAGGCAGUGACGGCCGCUUCCUUAUCUCCUAUGACCGCACUCUGGUCAUCAAAGAAGUGUCCAGUGAAGACAUUGCGGACAUGCACAGUAACCUCUCCAACUACCACCAGUACAUAGUGAAGUGUCAUGGCAGCACGCUCCUGCCCCAGUUCCUGGGCAUGUACCGAGUCAGCGUAGAAAACGAACACAGCUACAUGCUUGUGAUGCGCAAUAUGUUCAGUCAUCGUCUUCCUGUGCAUAGGAAGUAUGACCUCAAGGGCUCUCUGGUGUCCCGGGAGGCCAGCGAUAAGGAAAAGGUUAAAGAACUGCCCACACUGAAGGAUAUGGACUUUCUUAACAAGAACCAGAAAGUGUAUAUUGGUGAAGAGGAGAAGAAAGUGUUCCUGGAGAAGCUGAAGAGAGAUGUGGAGUUUCUAGUGCAGCUGAAGAUCAUGGACUACAGCCUUCUGCUGGGCAUCCACGACAUCAUCCGGGGCUCUGAACCAGAGGAAGAGGGGCCCGUGAGGGAGGAGGAGUCAGAGUGGGAUGGGGACUGUAACCCGACAGGACCUCCUGCUCUGGUGGGUUCCUAUGGCACCUCCCCUGAGGGCAUUGGAGGCUACAUUCAUUCCCAUCGGCCCCUGGGCCCAGGAGAGUUUGAGUCCUUCAUCGAUGUCUAUGCUAUCCGGAGUGCAGAGGGGGCCCCCCAGAAGGAGGUGUAUUUCAUGGGCCUCAUUGACAUUCUGACACAAUAUGAUGCCAAGAAGAAAGCAGCUCAUGCAGCCAAAACCGUCAAGCAUGGGGCAGGGGCAGAGAUCUCCACUGUCCAUCCUGAGCAGUACGCUAAGCGAUUCCUGGAUUUUAUUGCCAACAUCUUUGCCUAAGAGGGCGCCUGACUUCAGUGUGAUCGCUGCUUUAUGUUGGAGGUGGUGGGUUCUGAGAGAGAGGCUUAGGGGAGCUGGCUUUGGCCAUUACUUCUCUUCUUCACUAAAUUCAGGCUACAGGCUCCUUCCAUCCACAUAACUUCGUUCUGGUGGGUAGGGUUUUCCUGCCCCAGACAUACACUGUCUUUUCUCCUCUUGUCCACUUCUUUGCCCUCCCUCCUUGCUCCCAGUAAGCCUUCCUGCUUCAUUAGAGUGUUAUUGUUGAGUCUCCUAAGUGCCUUGAUCUUUGAAAAAUAUCUUGUUUCUAUGAAAUAGGAGGAGCUGGGGUUAGGGGUUGUUUGCCAUCUUCGGGACUUUGACUGGACAGUGGACAUGGCUCCAGCAACUGCCCUGGAUGCAUUUUGCUGCGUGGAAGAAACUGAAUAUCUGGAUUUUGCUGACCCUUUAUGGGGCACUUUGUGGCAUGCUUCCUUCCUGGUGAGCCCUGGAAUGGAGGGCUUUCAGGAUACUCCAGAUGUGGGUGCAGGCAUUCACACUUGCACAGUCUGGCCUGGAGGUCAGGUGGGUGUGGCCAGCAGGCUGGCACCUCACAAGGAGGACCUAAGCGGACUUUUGUGACUACACAGAGGGUGGAGAAGUUCCCCGUCGAGCAUUGACUGUUCCCAUUCUCCCAUUCCACCCCACUUUCACCUCUUCCCAUGAGCACUUCUGUGUGCAGAAGCCCAGAGGCCAGCAGUGCCGAGCUUAGGUGCAGGUGUGAGACUCAGGCUGCACUUCCCCACAACCCUGUGCCUUGCUGGCGAGCAGGGAGAACAGUAGAGGCCAGGAGGGCAGGUCGGAGUGCAGGGUUCAUUCCCUGUAUGACACCCUUUUUUCCUGUCUAGCUAAUCCCGUGGCUUCUUUCUAGCAGAGGGGAAUAGCUCCAUUGGAUCUGUCUCUGUAAUUUCUAGAGGAUAGAGAUCUUGAGUCUGGGAACGUUCCCAUCCCUGGGACAUGCAUACCUAGCACUUUCUCCCUCCUUCUCAAAACCCUUUUCUGGAGUUGUUAUUCUGUCCCCUUCUGUCCCAUCUUCCACUGCUAAUGUGUCUCCCAGGGGACAGAUGGCCUUCUUUGUCAUCUCCACUCUCCACCCCCAGAGAGGAGUCAGAGCCAUAACUCAGCCACCCAGUCCCCUCCAAAACGCACGAUAUCCUCAGAAUGUAGAGGAGCUGCUAGGCAUCUUAGCUCGCCUAGCUCGUGCCUGUAAACCUCGCACUCAGGAUGCUGAGUCAGAUUUACUCCAGAGUUCAAGGCCAGCCUGGGCUACUGAGUGAGACCUGGUCUCAGAAAAACUCAAAAUAGGUUUGGGUUUGAGCACUGGAGUUGAUAGCUGAGUUGGUAGUGCGCCUAGCAUGUACGCAGCUCUGGGGUCCACCCCUAGCACCCCAUAAGCUAGGUGCUGCGCACACCUGUACUCCUAGCCAUGGAAAAUGGUGAUGAGUGGGAUCAGGCAUUCAAGGUCAGUUAGUUGGUGAGGUUGCGGCCAGCCAAGGAAACAUGAGACUCUCUUGGGAAAAAGAUUCUAAGAGAUAGAUUGUCUUUGUCUCUGCCUAAAGCAAGACACUCAUCCUUUCUGUUCUGCGCCCCUGUGGAGGUUGGCGCUCUGGAGGUGGAGUAGGCAUUGAGGGCAGGAGCUGCUUUGCCAUGUGACCAUGAGGUUCUCAGGGAGAAGCCCACCCUUCUGCACCAAAGGAAGCAGCAAGAGGGGUGGCCGGGGCCUGGUGGGUCUCCCAUCCCACAACCACAUUUCCCCUGUUGAGUGCAAUAAAGUGACACCAGCAGCUGCUCCUUACAACUGGGUUUCUGACCUUGAGGUCAUGGUUGUGGGCAGUAUUGCCAUCUCCAUUUAUUGCUUCUGUUUUCCAUCUGUUUUGUUUUGUUAAUAAAAUACCUGUAUUUACUCCCAAUAUCACAAUAAAAUAAAUUAUUUGGUCUAAAUCA